GUAGACAAAUCAGACGGCUGUUUUUCGUGUCGUUGUUUCUGUAUCAUACUUCCGUUGUACGUCAGAGGAGCAAUGCAAGUGUUUUUUUUUUGGGUCAAUUUUAUAAAGCAUUUAGAGAAACACAAAACGAGCUGUCUGAUCUCUGGACUAUCUGUUAAGGUUCGGCGGGUUCGCUGUACCUAAAGCCAAACAUGGAUAUCCCCAAUCCCCCCGAAGAUCAAGAACUGAGGAAUGUCAUUGACAAGCUGGCCCAGUUUGUUGCUCGGAACGGGCCAGAGUUUGAAAAGAUGACAAUGGAGAAGCAGAAAGACAACCCUAAGUUCUCCUUCCUCUUUGGGGGAGAAUACUUCAGCUACUACAAGUGCAAGCUUGCUAUGGAGCAACAGCAGCAUCCCUUUACCCACGAUGGGGAGGAGUAUAAAUCUGAAGAAAUGUACAACCCAGGCGCCAAAGAUGUGGUUGAUAUUCCUCCUCCACCGAUACCAAUGAUCGCUCCGCCUCCGAUUCCUCCGCCUGCUGCGCCCUCUAUCGAUGAGCUCAUUCAACAGAGUCAAUGGAAUCUGCAGCAACAGGAACAGCAUCUGCACACACUCAGACAGGAACAAGUGACUGCAGCCAUAGCUCUGGCUAUGGAGCAGCAGACCCAAAAACUGCUGCUGGAAACUCAGUUGGACAUCACAGAAUUUGACAACCUGCUACAGCCCAUCAUAGACACCUGCACCAAAGAUGCUAUCUCUGCUGGUAAGAACUGGAUGUUCAACAACGCCAAGACUCCACAGCACUGUGAACUGAUGACAUCACAUCUUCGCAACCGCAUCACUGCUGAUGGAGCGCAUUUUGAGCUUCGCCUACAUCUCAUCUAUUUAACCAAUGACGUUCUCCAUCACUGCCAGCGGAAGCAGCAGAAGGAUUUGUUGGCAGCGCUGCAGAAAGUUGUGGUUCCCAUCUACUGCACCAGCUUUCUCGCUGUAGAGGAAGAGAAGCAGCAGAAGAUCACCAGGUUGUUGCAGCUUUGGGAGAAGAAUGGGUACUUUGAUGAUGAGACCAUUCAGCAGCUCCAGAAUCCAGCGCUGGGCCUCGGCCAGUACCAAGCGUCUCUGAUAACAGAGUAUGCUGCGGUGGUGCAGCCAAUCCAGCUGGCCUUCCAGCAGCAGAUCCAGGCUUUGAAGACCCAGCACGAAGAGUUUGUUACCAGCCUGAAGCAGCAGCAGCAGCAGCAGCAGCAGCCGCAGCCUGCUCCUGUAGCACAGCUAGCUACCCCUGCUGAGCCAGAAAAGGCCCCACUUAUGACCACACAAGCUGGGGAUGUUAAGCCUCCCAUGUCGGGUCGUCCUCCAGGGGAGUUUGAUGGAGCUUCAUCCAGGCCACAGGACCCCAGCAACCCCAGUGGAACCUCAGAGAUCCCCUCCAACAAGCCUGCAUGGUAUGACCCCCAGCACAUGGGCCCCUGGAACCCCAACCAGCCGCCUCCUUUUGACCCAAACCAGCCUCCCCCUCCUUGCCCUCCCUGGAACAGCCACGAGGGGAUGUGGAACGACCAGAGGGAUCCAGGGAACUGGAGCGGCGGUCCACCCAGAGAAGGAGGCCCCUGGAGCGGUCCAGGUGGGUCUGACCCAGGCCCUCCAUCUUGGAACUCAUAUGACCAGCAGCCACCAUGGGGGAACCAGCCUGACCAACCUCCGUGGGGCCAGAGGGAGCCCCCAUUUCCUCCACGUAUACAGAGACCUCCCCAUUUCAGAGGGCCCUUCCCUCCCCACCAGCAGCCACCUCCUUUCAACCAACCACCACCACCACACAGUUUCGGACGCUUCCCGCAACGCUUUAUGCAGGAUGACUUUCCUCCCAGACACCACUAUGACAGGCCGCCGUACACCCCACACCGUUUUGAUUAUGCUCAGGGAGAUUAUCCUGGAGACAUGCCAGGUCCUCCUCCCCAUCACCAUCCCAAUCAGAGGCUUCCUCCCCCAGGUAUUGGGGCUGAUCAUCCUCCCUGGGGUGGAGGCCAGCACCCGGAUUUUGGCCCACCCCCGCACGGCUUCAACGGCCAUUCACCCCACAUGCGUCAUCGCCAGCAUCCGGUCCAAGAUGACCCCAGUCUGGUGCCCAACGUACCUUACUUUGAUCUGCCAGCUGGUCUCAUGGCUCCGCUGGUCAAACUUGAGGACUGUGAUUAUAAACCUCUGGACCCUAAAGACAUCCGGCUGCCCCCUCCCAUGCCACCUAGUGAUCGGUUGCUAGCUGCUGUGGAAGCUUUCUACAGCCCUCCAUCCCAUGAUCGGCCUCGGAACAGUGAAGGCUGGGAGCAGAAUGGCCUGUAUGAGUUCUUCAGGGCCAAGAUGAGAGCCAGGAGGAAAAAGGGACAGGAGAAACGCAACAGUGGUCGUGGAGCCAGUCGCUCCAGGAGUCACUCACGCAGCAGAGGGAGGUCUUCAUCUCGCUCCAGCUCUCGCUCCUCAAAGUCCUCCAGGUCACGGUCACGUUCAUCUCGCUCUCACUCCCGCAGCCACUCCCGCUCCUACUCACGAUCUAGGUCCAGGAGUAGAUCCAGGUCAUCUCGGAGUCGCUCUCGCUCCAGAUCUAGAUCCCGUUCACAUUCACCUGCCAAGAAACGCCGUGGCCCCAAUUCCCGGAGCUCCUCCCCUCCCUCCACAUCAGUGUUGGGGGCCCCUCCCUCCAAACUGUCUGCAGAUACCAGGCUAGGGGAGGAGAACAAGGGCCAUCAGCUGCUGAUGAAGAUGGGCUGGAGUGGUUUAGGUGGUUUGGGGGCCAAAGAACAGGGCAUCCAGGACCCCAUCAAAGGAGGAGAUAUCAGGGAUAAAUGGGACCAGUAUAAAGGUGUGGGGGUGUCACUGGAUGACCCUUAUGAGAACUAUCGCAGGAACAAGAGCUACAACUUUGUCGCCCGCAUGAAGGCACGAGAGGAAGUCAAUCGGGAACCUCAGGAGGCCCCUUCAACUGACUGAUGUCAUCAAAUGGCGUCAAUCUCCUCAUCUUACCCAUCGCCACCUCAACCAAGUAUCUGAAUUUCACUUCAUUGUCAUUUUUCCAUCUGGGAGUCAACAGUCCCAAAUCCUUCCUUUUUCCUCAGAAACCAUUGACGAUUGACGAUACAAAGUACCACCACGCUUGUGAGGCCUGUGAAGGAGUGCAAAGUCUUUUUGACCUCUGCUUAGUCAAUCAAAAAGCAUCAGAUUUACAGAUGGAACAGUCAGCACUAACAUUAGUAACACUGCAGAACUCAACCAGGAUUUUUAAUUCAGCAGUCUUUGUGGGGACACUGGAACUAACUAACUCUAAUGACAAAGAUGUAUCGCAGCACUCAUAAUUUCACUCUUAAUGUUUUGCAUUUGAAUAAUUUUUUUAUCAGUCUCUAAAAAGAGUGUCAGACCUUCAGUGUGUAGGCUGAAAACAGGGCUGAAUAUGCCUCAACAUUUAACAUAGCUGCAGGAGAAAUGGUUAAAAAUUGAGAAUAAAAAAGUGAAAUGCUCUGAGUAUCAAGGCAGUGCUUUUGAAAGUGAGUGGACCCACUUCAAUUUAUGCAUGUCAACAGUUGAAUAAGGAGGUAUGCUAAAUGUUGCUAACACAUUUAAUUUGGGUUUUACACAAUUAUUUUCAUUCUUCUCCCUCAAGUUGCUGAGUUAAAGGGACAGUUCACCCCAAAAUCAAAAAUACAUACCUGUUGUGCUGUUUAUCCAUCUAGAUUGUUUUGGUGUGUUUGAAAAGAGAGAUGGCUUGUGGUGCUCAAAGUGGCAAAAAAAUACAUUUGAAAAACUCCACAGCAGAGUGCCAUAUAGUGCCGUUAUUUUGAAAAAAGGCAGACAUCUCUGUGGCUGAUAUCUCCCCAAAACUCGACAACUCACACCAGAACAAUCUGGGUGGAUAAAUACCACUACAGCUAAGAGGAAAAAGAUGUAUUUUUGAUUUUGGGGUUAACUGUCCCUUUUUUAAGGGUAUUUUUGAAAAAUGUCCUUUUUAUAAAAACUCAACAGCAAUGUUUUUCUCCCAGAAAUGCUGCCUACUCAGUAAUCCACAGAUCUUACUAUGAAAGUAUUUUCUGCUGAAUAGUCUUAAUGAAAACUGCUCAAUGUGGAUGGUGUCAGAAAUCUAAUUCGUGGAUAUCUCAACUUUUGCAAAUAAAACAAUGAAGAUGUAUAUAAGGCUAGAUAUCAUUAGUAGUGAGUGGAAACAUGUUUCUGUCAUUUGUGUUAACUGACUAUUUAGGAUAAAAAAGACUAAGAAGGUAUCCCUCCUCUUGAAUCUUGUUGGUUUUCACUGCUGAUUAUUGUGAUACUUUUUCAUGUAAUGACUUCUAUAGAGAUAUGUAAGUUUGUCAUUCAGUUGUAGUAUUAAAAUAAAUCCCACAUAGCAAAGUUUUGAAUAUGAAAUCAGUUGUAUUUUUCCCUCACAAACACACUGUAGAUACAUAAUCUAAAUAAACGGAACUCUGACUCAUAAA